GGGGAUUUUGCACCAUCAAGUGGAAAACCUAAAAAACUCGACUUUUUUCACUCCCGCACUUCUGCUUCCUUUUGGGGUUUCCCGACCGAUUUCUCCGUCAUUAUGAGGAGAUCUCCUUUCUCUCUCCUCCGUCUCGCUCGCUCAAAUCUUAUUCGUGCGGAAUCCACAUCCGCUUCCUUUUCGCCGCCUCCACCUCCUCAUACCUCCCAUCGCGUUUCAGCCAUCGCCGACGAACUCGCCGGCCUCACCCUCCUCGAACUCGCCGACCUCACCGAAGCCCUUCGCACCCGAUUGCGCGUCGAUCAGAUGCCCUUCGUAGCGGUGAUGACGCCGGGAAUGGCCGUCGGCGGCCUGCCCGGAACCAGGUCUUCCUCCGCAGGAGCUGCUUCAGCUGCGGAGGAGAAGGUGGAGAAGACCGCGUUCGAUUUGAAGCUGGAGAGUUUCGACGCUGCUUCCAAGAUCAAGAUUAUCAAGGAGGUGAGAAGCUUUACGGAUCUGGGGUUGAAGGAGGCCAAGGAUUUGGUUGAGAAGGCGCCUGCGGUGCUGAAGAGGGGGGUGCUCAAGGAAGAGGCGGAGAAGAUUGUGGAGAAGAUGAAGCUGGCUGGAGCUAAGGUUGUCAUGGAAUGAGUUGAGGUAGGUUUGGGAUUUGCACAUUUUCCUCUUUUGAUCAUCGAUUGUUUUGUUCUGCUUGGAUAAGAUGUGGAUUGGUAUGGGGAGAUGAACAGAAUUGCUUCUCAUUUUCAUUUGCCAAAAUGAAUUUUUGGCAUCCUCCAUUCAAUCUAUUGCAUGGUUUACUUGAAUUAAAAAGAAGCUAAGUUCUGCAUUAAGCAUUUGGAUAUAUGAGGCUAUGAUUUAGUUGUCAUUAUCAGUCACGGAUUUAGGUAGGAUUUAACUUCUUAUAGGGGUGUUUGGCUCCCACCUUCUGUAAAUCUGGAUCUAUCCAAUCC